ACUGACUCGGAAUUCGGUUAGUUUGAUACUCAACGCGUCAAAUUGGGCGCAGAGGUGCAUAGCCAGUCCGAAGAAGAAACUAGUGGUACCAAAAGUUAUUAUACAAGUGGUGAACAUCUGCAUUGCCUGAAUGACCAUAAACGCCUGAUGCGACGACUCGCUCCGAAACACACAGGACUGACUUUCUGCUUCAUCGCUCACGCUUACAUUGAUCUCGUUAUCAGGAUGUUGCCUUUUUGUGGUAACUGCUGAUAUCGCCAUAGCGAUAUAAACACCCAAUAUGAUGGCCACCAUAAUGAAAUCCAAUCGUCCACCAUGGAAGUGACUAUCUCGAGUAAUUCUCCUCGAUGGAUACGAGGUGUGAUCAGCCUUGUAAGGGCUAAAGUGGCGGCGGCACCCGGUGUCACCCAGUCGAAAGAUCUUUUCGCACCAUUACAGUGUAGCAGCAAUUUUUACAUAUUUAUACUCUACAUAAUUUUGACAACAUUGCAGAACCGUUCGAGAUUUAAAUGCUCGAUGUACGCCGCAUCGACGAACAAAAAUCCAAACGUGCUCUUGAGAAUAAUGCCUCGAAGCUUUCGGAGCAGAGACGCGAGAAUUCACGCAAAAGUGCGGAUAACAUUCCAGUCGUGGUGCAGAGAUCUGCAUCGAGUCGAAAGCGUGCUGGUAGUGCAUUGUAAUGCCGGCUUCUACGCUCCAGAGCCAGGGGACUUGCUCAGAAACGGAAGGAUGUGGUGGUCGAGGACGUGUCUUCUAUUAGUACUAAUCGGGCUGACGGGCUCUGAAAAGAAUAACGAGGAUGAUGCGUCAAGCGUCUUCAUAGAGGAAGCCAAAAAUCUCUUUUCCCAAAAGUCGCUCGACGACAUGGCCCAGACGUUUUCAGAAUCCGGCAAGCAGAUUCGUGACAUGAUGUUCGAUAAGAAAUCUUCGACGGACGGUGUCGGCCAGAUCAUCUCCGGGCUCAGUAAUUUGAUAGGAGGUGGAGAGAACAAUCAAGGUUUCGACAUGUCAAUGGUGGGUUCGCUUCUGAGCGCUUUUAAUCCUGCUAAGAGAUCGGCAAGAGGGGAGGACGGGAAGGAGGAAUCCGGCAUAGACUGGGGCAGCAUAGUUAGCAUGGGCAGCAUGUUCUUGCAACAAAAUGCGAAUAGCGAGAUGGCAAUGGGUCUCAUGCCAAUGCUUCUAGAUGCCCUGGGUCAUGGAGUAAACGACGUCGAUGGCGGGCAUAGAGAUCAUUCAGGGCACUCCUGGUUCUUGCCACCGAUAUUGGAAAAUAUUCACGUCGCGUGGGAACACUUCAGUAAUUCGGAACUUGCACGUGCAUUAUGGAAGACAAGCGGUCUAUCGACAGUAAUUGCUCAAAUGAUGGACAAAAAGGGCAACAUCCUAUGGGAGAAGAUCCUAGACAGUUUUGAACAUCCUAGUAUACGUCGAAGGUGGAUUAAGUCGCUCACGAAUUUUCUGGCCGAAUGGAUGUCUCACAUUUCUGAUCCGGCGAAUCAGCAGCGUUAUCUUACAACCGCACAAUUCGUCGGUAAUAGUUUUCUAAAGUCUCAGGGAUUCCCAAAAUCAAUGAUGUUUGAUGCUACAAAACCAGCGGAGAGUCUGUCCAGAUUAACAAAUGGAAUGGCAAAGAGGUACUUAAACAUGAACAUCGACAGUUCGGUAUACGUAAAGCCAGCAGUAUCGUAUUUCCAAGAAUUAGUAGGCUUGGCCUCUGAAAAAGGAUUUAUCAUGUCCCGAAUAAAUGCACGAGAGCUAAGCAACAGAUUAAGCGAUGUUAUUAAUAACGAUUUUAUCGGUCCUAUUCUCAAGUCGUAUCGAGCGUACAAAUGGGCGACGAAAGUGCCGCAAUGUGCUAGUCAAAUAUUAUGUACCAUUAAUGAAGGGAGUCGACAACAAGAGGCCAGUGGCAACAUAAUGGACGAGAUAUUUGCACGCGUGCGUAAAACAUUAUUGAGGGCAGCAAGUUUCCCCGCAGCUUGGGCAGUCAGUAAUAAGUUAGGAACUCAAUUCUGGCCCCUCUAUGGAGCCAUCAUGGAGCAUGAGGGAUGCAUCACUAAAUACCCAGCGGAUUGCACUGCUUUCCACGAAGAGGAGAUCCGAGUGACUACUACAGAAAACAUUCAUAGCGAACUUUAAGUUUAGCUCGAUAACUUUAAGUUUAGCUCGAUAACGAUCUGUGAAAGACAUUGAUAAGAGUCGCCUCUACGAUUAGAAGAGACGUGCCGCGAAGCCGUGUUUUUAUUUAUUCUAUAAUUCCAUCGUAUUCAUUGCACAAAAAAAAAAUAAAAUACGUCUAAAAUUGCGUUGAUGAUUGCGGCGGAGUCGAUUUAAUAGAAACGACUAGACUAUUAAAGAAUGUCUCUACGUUUUCUUUACAUGUACAAAGAUGUUAUAAAGUAUCAGUUUUAAAUAGCUAAUGUUAAUAAAACGUAACCAGAGAUGAAAACGCUUAGAGGAAUGCCGUGAAUAUCUAGAAGACGUUUUCUUAUACCUAAUACGGUCUAAAUUCAAAUGUUCUUUAGAUCUUUGUGUUAUUUAUAAUUUUAUAAAUAAGUUCGUGCUCGAGAAUUAAGACUUCUCAAAAGGAACAUAUGAUGUACGCAAAAGGCUUCCAAUUUUUUCGACGUUUUUGAAUGGAUAAUUACAUUUAGAAAUAAGAAUAACAUUUAAGAAAAUUGCACUAAGUUUAAUGCUUCUCUUAAUGACAUUAAAAAUGAAAUCAAUAUCUUUUACUAAUAUUUUUACCUAUAUUUAUUUUUUUCUUUUCUCUUUAGAACAAAUUGGUGUCAUAAUUUUAUCAUCUCAUGCGCACGUAUCAUUUUUAAUUAUCAAUAUAUGUAAUGCUUUAAUUAUUGCGAACUGCAAUGAUCUCAUUCGUGCGAUUGGGAUGACAAAAAAUAUCGUAAGAUAUUUUCAUUUUAAAGGAUAGGCAAUUAAGACCAUAAAUGAUAAUGUAAAAAAAUUUUUCUGAAAAUUUUUCCAUUUUGAAUGUAUCGGAAGUAAAACUGUGCCGCUAAUGUGAUAAAUGUAUUGAUUAAAAUAUCAUAGGAUAAAAUUAAACUUCCUAAAUGUUAAAAGACUUACGCUUUCACAUUGAAACGUCAUUAAGAGAAUUUUCAAAGAUACUGGAAAUUAAUUGUCAAUAUAAUAUUAUCCUGGUAAAUAACCGCAGAACGGAUCCAAUAGCCGCGCAUCAUGCGAAAAUAUUGUAAUAUUGUAACCGUAAAUAUGUCAGAAUGGUACAGACUUCAGUUAGCUCUAAUGAAAAGCUGUUAAAUCCACAGCAUUAAUCGAAUUGCAAUUCCUUUUCAUUGCUUAUACAGUAUAUAUUCGUCGAUUUAGAUAAAUGGAAGUGCAGUCAUGGAUACUUUGUGCAUGCUGCACAUUUAUACUUUAGCGCGUUUCCGUGAUUUUUCCUCGCGAGCGCAAUAACACGUGGUGCUCAAAUCUCUAUAUCAUAACGUAUAACUAUUGUAUUAAUAAUUGUACCUAUAUGAAUUACAUAUCGUGUCUUUCCUCUU